UUAUCUCUCCCUCCCCCUUACUUAUCAAACACCUCCGUCCGAGAUAUUAUUACAUUUCCCUUUUUCCAUCCCUAUACACCAUAGAUCUUCCUCAUGACACCCAUAACAAUCUCAACGGAUAUAAACUAUGGUGUUGCAUAAUACUCUAAUGUUCGCCUUUGUUGUUAUCAUUCGCUCAUUCAUUUUGAAUUGAUCCAAUUGUACACCUCUAAUUCUCCUUCUCUUCUCUUCUCCAGUUCUUCUUCUUCUUCUUCUUUCUCUGCUAUCAAUCAAUUCCUCUUUAAUUAAACAAAAAUCAAAGGUUGAGAUGGAGUUAUCUGGAAACAAUCUAAUUGCAACAACAAGUUGUUAUUGUGAAAGAAAGAAUAGUUUAUUUUCUAGUAGACGAAAUCAAGAUAAUUUUUUAUAUUCAUCAACAAAAAAGAAGAACAAGUAUAAUAAGGUUUUGAAUUUAGCUUCAACAACUUCAACUCCAAAAAAGAAAUUAACUCCUUUGAGAAAAAGAGGUAGUAGUGGUAAUGAAGACAACAGUGAUGGAUCACCUGAGUCAAGUAGCAGUAGUAGUGCAAUGGAGCAACUUGAUUUUGAACGUGGUGUCUGUAUUCCUUUUCGAAAGUAUACUCCAGAAACGGUUAGAAAUAAAGUGUUUGAAUCAAAUGGAGCUGUAUUAUCACUUAUUGGUCGUGGAGUGGAGAUAGUUUGGAAAUUAGGAAUUUAUUGGUCUGCUCUUUUAUCUGAUUUUCUGAUUGGAAGAGAUCAAGAAGUUGUUCCUUUUAGAGCUCGACAACUUAGGAAUCUUCUCUGUGAUUUGGGACCUUCAUUCAUUAAAGCUGGACAGGUUCUAGCAAAUAGACCUGAUAUCAUUAGAGAAGAUUACAUGAAUGAACUUUGCAUACUUCAAGAUGAUGUUCCAUCUUUCCCUAAUCAGGUUGCAUUCACCAUUAUUGAAGAGGAACUAGGUCAGCCCCUGGAAGCUGUUUUCAGCAAAAUUUCAUCACGGACGGUAGCAGCUGCAAGUUUGGGUCAAGUUUAUCGUGCAACUAUACGUGACACUGGAGAGGAAGUUGCUAUUAAGGUGCAAAGACCUGGAAUCGAACCUAUAAUUUACCGGGAUCUUUUCCUAUUCCGGAUGCUUGCUUCAUUCUUGAAUGGGAUCAGUCUACAGAAAUUAGGAUGCAAUGCCGAACUUAUUGUUGAUGAAUUCGGGGAGAAGCUCUUGGAAGAGCUGGAUUAUACUCUGGAGGCUCGAAACAUUGAGGAUUUUCUAGAAAACUUCAAAGAUGAUCCAACGGUAAAAAUACCUGAGGUCUAUAAACAGCUUUCAGGUUCACGUGUUUUAGUUAUGGAAUGGAUUGAUGGCAUUCGGUGCACUAACCCAAAGGCUAUUAAAGAAGCAGGCCUUGAUGUAAACGGAUUUUUGACUGUUGGAGUAAGUGCUGCUUUGCGGCAAUUGCUAGAAUUUGGGUUGUUUCAUGGAGAUCCACAUCCUGGAAAUGUCUUUGCUAUGCGUGAUGGACGUAUUGCUUAUGUUGACUUUGGAAAUGUUGCACAGCUCAGUCAGCAAAACAAGCAGAUCUUAAUCGAUGCUGUGGUUCAUGCUGUAAACGAGGAUUACACCGAGAUGGCAAAUGAUUUCACCAGGCUUGGUUUUCUGGCAAGUGGAACAGAUGUUACUCCCAUAGUUCCCGCUCUUGAAGCAAUCUGGCAGAACUCAUCUGGAAAAGGACUAGCGGAUUUUAAUUUCCGGAGUGUAACUGGAAAAUUCAAUCAAUUAGUUUACCAAUACCCAAUUCGUAUACCAGAACGGUUUUCUCUUGUUAUCCGUUCUCUAUUAACACAGGAAGGGAUCUGUUUCACCCUGAAGCCGGAAUUUAAAUUUCUAGAGGUUGCCUACCCAUAUGUUGCGAAACGUCUUCUAACAGACCCUAACCCUGCCCUACGUGAGCGCCUCAUACAGGUUCUUUUUAAAGAUGGGCUUUUCCAGUGGAAAAGACUUGAAAAUCUCAUAGUCCUCGCAAAGGAAAAUGUUAAUAAGAUGAGUAGCAACCCCGCGAUCAGUCAAAAAUCUCAAGUGGAAAAGAAACUAGACCUGACUGACACUAUUAAGGAUGGAGCUCGCGUUGUCCUUCUUGAUUCUGAAAUUCGCAGAAAACUUCUUCUAGCUUUAACUGAAGACUCCAAGCUUCACAUUCAAGAGCUCGUGGAUGUGUAUAGACUGGUGCAGGAUGACAUUGACAUGCCCUCAGUUGCUUUGGAUGUUGUACGAGAUAUCCCAGCUGUUACCAGGGAUAUUAUGCUAUCAUGGAGUAAUUCAGUUUUAAAUGAUCUUUAAAUUUAAGCCUUUUGAAGUAGCAGGCAGCGUCAAUCAUCAAUGGAUCCUGUAGUCAAAUAUAUAUAUAUACUUUUAUAUUUCUUAGAAGUGGGAAUUUUCAUUAAAACAAACAAACAAAGAAGUGGGAAUUUUCCAGGUGCACCACCAGAAAGCAUGUAAAAAUAUAGCAAAAACAUAACGCAGUUACUUCCUGUAACCUGUGACUACUGUCAUAUAUAUACUCUUCCUAACAGAGACUGUAAUAUCUGUAUACUCGUUAAUUGUAAAUGAAAAAAAAAAUAAGAAGGAAAGAGAAAGAAUGUUGGUUUAUGUUUAUGUAACUUGCAGUUUCUGCCAGGAUAAUGUAAUCUUUGGUUGAUAUCA